CCGCCCCGCUUUUCAGGCCGCACGGAGCCAGCCCGGUCCCGGCGGAGGGCGCGGCUCGGAGCGGCACCGACCAGCGCCUCCAGGAGCCGGAGCCGGAGCCUCCCCGCGGCCGGAGGAGCCGCCCCGCAUCCCGCGCCCCGCCCCGGGCUGGAUUCGGAGCAGGCGCCGCCGUCCGCACGGGCUCGGCUGGAAUUCGCUCCGCGGCGCCGCCGGGCUCGCGUCGGCAGCGGCAGCCGCUUGUUGCUCUGCGCGCUGGUGACUGUCACAUUGUUUCCAGCUCGCCCGCUCGCGGGGGGAGGGAGGCUCGGGCUGCCGAGCUCGCCGCCGCCAGGGGAGCCCCGAGCCCGGGCCCGCCGAGAGAGGCUCGCUGCUGCUCCAGCUCCUGCUCCAGCUCCGGUGUCUCCUGUGCACGAAGAUGGCGGCGCCGCUCGCCAGCAAGCCCGGACCCCUGGGCGCUCCCUGCAAGCCCGCCGGCCCCGAGCUCGAUUUCAGGUCCGGAGCCCGCACGGAGGAAUUGAACAGACUCAUCCAGGAAUUCACCAAGCACGACCAGCGGGAGUACGACGACCAGCGAGCCCUGGAGAUCCACACGGCCAAAGACUUCAUCUUCUCCAUGCUCGGGAUGGUGCAGAAGCUGGACCAAAAGCUCCCAGUAGCCAACGAGUACCUGCUCCUUUCAGGCGGGGUCCGGGAAGGUGUGGUGGAUCUCGAUCUCGACGAAUUAAAUGUUUACGCUCGAGGAACGGACUAUGACAUGGACUUCACCCUUCUGGUGCCAGCGCUGAAACUGCACGACCGAAACCAGCCAGUCACGCUGGACAUGCGCCACUCGGCUCUGUGUCACUCGUGGCUGAGCCUUCGGCUGUUCGACGAAGGUACCAUAAGUAAAUGGAAAGACUGCUGCACGAUUGUGGACCAUAUCAAUGGGGCCACCAAUUAUUUCUUCUCUCCUACGAAAGUGGCCGACUGGUUCUAUGACUCCAUUAGCAUCGUCCUGUCUGAGAUCCAGAAGAAGCCGCAGCGAGGGAUGCCCAAAGUAGAAAAGGUGGAAAAGAACGGAACUAUAAUAUCCACCAUCUUGGGAGUGGGCAGCAGCCGCAUGCUGUAUGAUAUUGUCCCCGUAGUGUCUUUCAAAGGGUGGCCAGCGGUGGCCCAGAGCUGGCUGAUGGAGAACCACUUCUGGGAUGGGAAGAUCACGGAGGAGGAAGUCAUUAGUGGGUUUUACCUAGUGCCUGCCUGUUCCUACAAAGGCAAGAAGGACAAUGAGUGGAGGCUGUCGUUCGCCAGAAGCGAAGUGCAGCUGAAGAAGUGCAUCUCCAGCAGCCUCAUGCAAGCCUACCAGGCCUGCAAAGCGAUCAUCAUCAAACUCCUCUCCCGCCCCAAAGCCAUUAGUCCAUAUCACUUGCGGAGCAUGAUGCUGUGGGCGUGCGACCGCCUACCAGCCAACUACUUGGCUCAAGAGGAUUAUGCUGCCCACUUCUUACUGGGGCUCAUUGACGACCUGCAACAUUGCUUGGUCAAUAAGAUGUGCCCCAAUUACUUCAUCCCCCAGUGCAACAUGUUGGAGCACCUGUCCGAAGAGACAGUCAUGCUGCAUGCCCGGAAGCUGUCCUCGGUCCGCUCGGAUCCUGCAGAGCACCUCCGAACUGCCAUUGAGCACGUCAAAGCUGCUAACCGGCUAACGCUGGAGCUCCAAAGGCGAGGCAGCACCAGCAGCAUCCCCUCCCCGCAGUCAGACGGAGGGGACCCCAGCCAGCCUGAUGACCGAUUAGCCAAAAAACUGCAACAGCUGGUGACUGAGAACCCAGGGAAAUCCAUCUCCGUCUUCAUCAACCCAGACGAUGUCACGAGGCCCCACUUCCGAAUCGACGACAAAUUUUUCUGAGCUUUCGCCAACGCUUGUUUUUACUUUUUUUUUAAAGACUUUCCAAGGUGUAGGUUGUUUUUUGGUGACACGGUCCCUUGUUUUUUACACAUCCAGUGUAGAUUGGAUUUGUCAGGAACAAAACGAACACAUGAUAAUUCCUGGUUCUGCUGGACAGUGCAGACUUUGAAACCGUUUAUUACUAUUUCAUAUGCUGCUUUGAUUCUCACCCCCCCCCCCCAUUGUUUUUGUGUGUGGUUUUUUAAAAGGAGAACUUGAGCCAUAAACACACAUGCCCACAUCAUUUCUUUUCAAGCUUCCAUAAUUAUGCACAACUUGUUUGGGUGGGGAGGAGAGAAUUCACCUUCCUCUGUGUAAAAACAUUCAGUUGUUCUUUUCAGGAGCUUCCAUCACCAUAAAGAACUUGGGUGAGAUUCCAGACUGGGAAGCGCUACUUGGCAUUUUUGCUGGCCAAACCCCCACCGCCCGCCAUGGUGAAUGUACUGUGUAUCUGCUCUUCACAUGUUUCUCACGCUGAGGGAGCAAGGAGACUUGAAAGAGCCGAUGAUGCAACAAACAAUUAAUUGUUUUUUUUCGGAAGCCACCUCUUCUUGAAUGUAAUUGUUCGUAAUUGGACCUUGUAGGGCAGGGAGGGUUUUCUGCCGCUUUUCCAUGUGGAAUAAGGUUAUGGAAUGUUAGUUUUAGUGUGUGUAAUUAUUCAAAGCCUUAUUUAAAUUCUCUAUUAAAGAACAUACCAUUAUAAAUGUUAAUUGCACUAAUGAAAUCUUUUGCCAUUACCUCA